AUGCCUCUGGACCAGCUUCCAGAGGAGCUACUCCUACAAGUGGCACUCUACCUGCCUGACUCAGCGACGCCUAAGCAUCUCAAGAACUUGUGCCUCACGUCCAGUGCGCUCCGACCUAUAGCUCAGGAAGCUCUUCACACUACCGCAAGGCUCGCCAUCUCUUGCGGUUGCCAUCCCAAGGUCAACGCCGUAGCCAAAAUACUCCGCACGCUUCUGGACCGGCCUGACCUCGCCAGCAAAGUCAAGACACUUCGCUUUCGAGCAGUGCGCAAAGGUGUCGAGAAAGUCUAUGUGGAACAUGGGUUCGAAUUUCUCGACUUUCGCGCCCGGUGCAUCUCAAAGUUGGACGAGCUAGGCUACAGGUCGGCACAUCUGUGGCGGAGGUCAAUCGACAACUCUAUCGAGUCGGCCUUCGGAGGUUUGCUGCUGGCAUUGCUUCCUAACUUGACUGACCUGGACUUUUGGAUCAAGGAUCAUCAGCGUGGUCCACCAUCGAGUGAGUGCAUAUCUGGUCUGUGGGGUGGUACAAGCCCACCGGAUGCAAUUCUGCAUGGAUGGAGGAACAUCAGCCAUCUCGUUACCGGAGACACAUCGUUGCUGAAGUGCGGCAUUGAAUUCGACAAACUCACAAGCUUGGAUCUACGGACCAUCUCCAUCGGUACUGUACUGCGACUCAAUGGCCCCGGCAGUCUACAAGGCGCUGAGAACCUCAUCGACCUCAAUCUUACUGUAUCGAUCCAAUUCGCCGAUCGACCACUCGUGGAAAAAGCAGAAAUCGAGUUUAGCGAGCUUCUCGAGGCGUUGGCAUGUCGCGCGCUGAAGAACCUUAAGAUUCUCUUCAUUAAUGAUGGCUACCACAUAGGUGACGAUCUGACGACAGAGCUGAACACUGGCUAUUUCCUUGAUCAAUUACGUUGUUUCGAGAAAACCUUAGAGUAUCUUUCUAUAACACUUGAGGCCGCGGAUGACGACGGAGAGCUCGAAUGGCUGAUGGACAUGUGCCAGCAUCCGACCACAUCGUUGAAAGACUUCACAGUCCUGAAGUCGCUCGUCAUACCACAACCUUUCAUCUUCACCGCAAGGUCAUCUAAUUGGAGCCCUGAAGGUUCUUGCCAACCAAGAAACUUGCCACCGAACCUGGAACAACUCGAGCUGUUGUAUCCACAUGAAGAUGUGGAGGAAUGGGUAGAGGGCUUUCUUGAUGUGAACUUCUACGCUACUUCAAGCGACGCUCCAACACACUCAAGUGAUGCGCAACGGCGGACCUCGACAUUCAAAAAGCUCAUCCUUAUCUGCCGCGAUGAUGCUGGAAUUAGCGCUAGUUACUUUACAGAAGGCGUCGACAAGAUUUGGUGGACUCUGUCAAAUAAUAACAGUAUCGAGACCGAAGCCUAUGACCAACUCAGGGAGACAAGAGAGAACCUAGCAUGUCUUUACGAAGACGAGAACUUGGAAAGGGAAGACACUGCCGACGAAGAUCACGAAAUCGACGAGGAUGACGAGAUGGAUGAUGGAUGGGAAGACGAUGACGAUGACGAUGACUUCAAUGCCGGCCUUCUCUCCUCUGUUAUCGGACCCAUUUCUCCGUUCCUUGAGGACCAGACAAGUCUUCUCCGCCAUCUCAGAGCUCUCCCAAAGCCCGAGGGUCACGCUCCGAGUGAGAUCUGUGCUAGCCUGAGAAUGUCUUUUGAGAGAGUAACAGAGGCUGCAUCGGUUUUGCAACAAGACGGUAACAUCCGCUUCGAAGGCAACUUCCCUCACAGCCAUACGUAUCAUUUCGUGGGAGAAAGUGAACAGUUGCUCAGGGAGGACAGAGUAUAUAGGUUGAGCGAGGCCUUGAAACGCGGGCGCGAGCCGCGCGGGAGCAGCAAGGCAGACGCGGACGGUUGGGAAACCGACGAAUCCAUGCCAGAACUCGAAACUUACGACUCGGAACCCUUCGCCGACGCUGUCAGAGAUACAACGAACAUAGCAUCGCGCGAACACUCGGGUGUCGUGGUCACACCCACAGCUGUCUUGAGGUGCCUUCGAGACAUGACAGAUCCAUCCGAGGGCGUCUAUCAAUGGGAAAUAAGUCGCUUACUGGGUAUUGAUGAUGAUAAUGCUGAUGAAGUCGGUUCUGCUUUACGCCAGCUCAUCCUUGACGGACAUGUUCACAACACCCGUUUCGAAGACAAAGUCUAUUUCUGCAACGAAAACGCGGAACUGCGGGCAGAAGACGUGGAGUAG